GAUCGCUGGUUAUAAUGGGUUUCAGGUUGUUCAGUGGCUGUAAGGGGAAAGAGGCUUCGCUAAUUGUUUUGUUUCGUCCGUAAACACGGUGUUCGCGUGCCCCCGUCUGCUUGUUGACCUUGCAGUCACUGUGGACCGCCUGCCGCGUGUGGUCAGUUGAGUGUCGAACACUCCAGGGGUUGAUGUGACGAUUUUACUGGACUCUGUGUUCACCUCGCGCUGGUGAGUGGGAUAUACUGUGUAAUAGUGGCACAGAUGUGGGAGUAAUUCAGAUUCAUUCACCGGGAGGAAAUAUACAACUCCGUCAGCUUUCCAUAUAGGACUAGAAAUGGACACGCCCAUCCUGGUCUUUGGAAAUGGUACGUAAGAAAUGACUUGUUCCUGUUUUUGACCAAAGUUCUGUGGAUUUCAGGAUUUGAUGAAAUCCACGCUUCUAUUUUACCAUGUCAUUCGUAAACUGAAUGGAAAUCGUGACUGCUGUACAUUCCUGUUGUUAUUUGUACAGCAACUUCCGCAGCAACACAUUGUUUCAGCUGGGCAGUCCGCAACAUCUUCAGCAGCAGGUGCGAGCUGCUGUAACACCUUGCUUUUGUGCAACACGUGACCUCCGGUGCCGAGAUCAAAGACGGCGGCCAGGUGAGACCAGAUAGACUUAGCUGGACCAUGCUACUUGGGAGGAAUGUCCGGUGACGUGGUCAGUCCGGACACACGUUGACCGCAGGGAAUCGACGGAGGUGGAUAACGUUGCACGUGUUUGUCUGUGUUGGGCUUAAAUGUAGCAGACGACAGUUCAAUCCAUUAACAGCUGACGACAGUUCAAAGUAAGGAGAGCAGACGACAGUUGAUUUUUCAGUUCGGGAUAGAGUAUAGCAGUGAUAUUACAGUUGCUCUAACUAGCAGACGACAGCCUGGACUUGGAUACCUGUCGUUUGCAGACAUAUCCCAGUUUACUUGCAAUGGAAAGAAGACUUCCAUCGACCCCUGUGUUACAUGUUGAUCUGUCGUGACUUUAAUGCUUAUGUAAUGGCACGGCUGUAAGACAACGUCACUAAUAUCAGAUGACAGCCAUCAGAUGACUUUCCGACCAAUAUGAUAAAACAAUUCAUCUCUAUCUAAACCGAUUACUAUCGCGUGGCGUCUGAUGCCAUUGUGAAAGCCGGAUGAGCAUCAAGAUAACGACAUUCAGAUUAAGGAUCAGAGCUGAUGAAGAGGGAUACAGAAGACACACCACUAUUGUGUCCUUGAAUCAGAUAAAGGGAUGACAAAAUUGGAAAUACUGAAUCCUGGGAUUCAAUUUCAAGUAUAUGGAGUAUCGUAUUCUGGCUUUGGAUUCAGGUAAUUGUAAGACAAGCGGUUACAACUGAUACCAAAUCCUCUAUUUUGUGUAAUAAUUUCGGGAUCUUCUUGAUCUGUCCGGAGAUCUAGACAUCCGGGUGUCAUAUAUUGGAGUGUGGUGGUUCUGUCGGGGGAGCGUGUGUUGUUACUGCCGGUGGAGAGUGUUAGUACUCACUGUUGGGUAAACGCCCACCAGCUUACUGUGUUGUAGACUUCGUGAUGAUAUUAGUAUUAAUCAUUACAGUCAACACGUGAUGGCAACAGCUGCUUUCACACUGGAUGCGUUCUGUAGAACCAGAUGAUGUGGUUGGCCUGACCCCUUGUGCUGAGUAGAGGUAAUGAUCAUAGAAACAUUCCAUCGUGGUUUACAGAUAUACCUGAGUAUAUCAAUGAAAAUAUACCUCGAUCAAUGAUUGUUUAAGUAUCGAUGCUAAUGUGUCCAAGAUGAUCAGGAUCUAAAUAUAUUUGUUUGUUUCUGCUGAUUGUGUAAGCGCAUUCUAUGAUCCGGAGAUUCGACACUCGCGUGAUAGAUAAUGUUCCAUGGUUUGACAACAACGGUGUAGUCCACAUCUCCAUCUAUGCAGACCCAGAGACUGUUGUCGAUGUCCGCGGACAAUGGUUGAGUACGGCGUGGCGGUCGCAUGGAUGGUGUUGUCGCCGGUCGCCCUGCUCACGUGUGUCGUGGCCGUGGUCGUCAUCGCUCACUACAGACCCUUUUUCCACGGCACCGACCUGUGUCUCAUGUCCCUCCUCGCCUGCCUGAUGGCAAACGUUCUCCUUCUCAUCCCCAUUCCAGGGGUCAUGACCCUGAGGGGAAUCCCCUGGUCUCAGCCUCUUUGCUACUGCUACAUCUGGGUCAGCGUGACGGUCAGGGUGGCGGAGAUCCUCAGCGUCCUGUGUAUGUGUGUCCACUGGAUGACCAUGCUGCGGCUGCCGUCGGGGAAGCAGGUCUACGGGUCAACCAAGGCCGUGAAGGUCUACGUGGUCAUCAUGUGGUUACUCGCGGCUGUCAUUGGCAUCAUGCCACUUAUUGGAGCAACUGACGACGGAUACUCCUCCAAAAGAGGAACCUGCGUCUUUCUGCCGCAUGACCUUGGUGUUAGUUUCGCUCUGUUCUUCAUCAUCCUCAACCUCUGUUCCGUCGUGUUGUGUCUGAUCUGCACGUCGGAUACGUUGGUGUUGUUGCGGUACAUGCGGCGUGUUGCCGUGGUCAAGUAUCAAGCUGGACGUUUCUACCUUCCGUCGACGUCAGCUGUAGCCAAGACUGGUUCCCAGACGGUGCACGCAAGAUACAACGAGUUGACGUUCUCUUCCGAUUUGAGUCGACUGGUUCUAGCUGUUGUCAUCGCAACCGCAGCCAUCAACCACCUUCCGUUCACGCUGAUCGAGUUCGGCCAACUGGUUGAAAAACCAAACACAGCUCUUGUCCAGACGGUGGUACAGUGGCUGUUGCUGGUGCAGUCGCUCACGUUGCCGCACGCAUUCUGGCUCAUCAGCAAACGCUACAGACACGCGCUCAUCUACACAUGGAAGGUCUACUUUCUCCGAGAUUCUGCGGCAGAAGAAGAAGAUCCAUCUGCCUGCACCCUACAGUCUUACACAAGAAAGGUACGGGACGUGGACGGUCAAACAGUUCGCGUGGCGUCCAGAGUCCCGGGCAGACAGACAGCAGUCGUCACCGACAGAGGCAACUCCAACCACGUCGCCAACGGGCAAGCUGUCCGGGCUAACGGCAACGUUAUACAAGGAGCGGUGAACCAUGUGCAUGGUGAUAACAGCAAUGGCGGCAUGUUGGAAACUCAGACAACUGACUUAGAUGACGGGAUGGUUAUUAUGACAAACAGCGCUAAGUACGUCGGCAGCCACGACGUGACGUCACGGCAGAGUGAUAGUGGGAGGAACAGUAUGCGGGAAUCUAGCCCCCGCUAGUCCGUCCAAGUCCCUCCUGUCCACUCCUGUGAGGGGGGACG